AUGCUGUGUGUAUCACCAAGACAAAAGAUUAAAGGAACUAAAAAGAACAAAUUCACUGCCGACGAGGAUGCUCUUUUAACUCAACUAGUUCAGAACUACGGGAUUUUCGAUUGGGAUACUAUUGCUCAAAAAAUGAAUAACAGAACUCCGCGUCAAUGCAGAGACAGGUGGAAUUAUUAUCUAAAUCCUAACGUUAAAAACAGACCUUGGACUCCGGACGAGGAAAAUAUACUUAUUGAAAAAUAUAUGAAGAUUGGGCCUAAAUGGGCAGUGCUUUGCCAGUUCUUUGACUCCAGAACGGAUGCAAAUGUGAAAAAUCAUUUCCUUUUGAUUCAAAGAAGAAUAAAGCGCGGUAAUGAAGACUCUUUUUCAAUUCCUCAAAAAAUUGUCGAAAAGAAAGAAAUAAAAACACCAGAGGUGUCAAUUCUUGAAGAUUUGUUCCUUACCUCUCCAGGUGAAGAUGAUUCUUGGUUCUUCUGUUAA